AUGGAGGGUAUCAAGUCGUUUUGGAGCGAGCAUAUCAAUUUCCUGGUGCUUCAUUACUUUUACAUCAUAUCCUUGUGCUUUAUCUUUGCUGGUCUUUAUUACUGCCAACCUGGCACAGAUUGGGAUUUCAUUGACGCGCUAUACAUGAGCACUACGGGAGCUACCAAUACGGGUCUUAAUACGAUUGCCAUGUCUGAGCUCAGCCUAUAUCAGUAUUUGCUCAUGUUUUUCAGCUCUAUUUGCGGAUCACAUGUCAUUGUUUCAAUCAUCAUUGUGUUGGUGCGCAAGCAUUACUUCUCAAAGCGAUUUGAAGACGUGUUGGCGUAUAACCGAGAACUUCAAGAACGAGUUAAACAAAGGAAGCGAGAGGGGGUUACGAGAAAAAAGCCUCCUUUUUGGCGUAGCAAAUCCAUGUCGGAUUGCCGUGAAGCAAACUCGGGUCCUUUACAAAUCGUGUUGCGACGUUUUCGAACCGAGAAUAGCAAAGAUGACUCUGCAUUUGGUGAAGAGGAGAUUGCGCAAAGAAUGAAACAGCUGCAACAACAACAACAACAAUCAACCCCUUCUCUUGCAGCUGCUGCCCAUAGCCAGCCAACCGUGUCACCUCAACAGGAAGGUGCUCCUGGUGGUAUAGCGUUCAACCCCGACAUUGCAUAUCAACGUGAGCGUGCAAGACAAUUGAUGGAUGACACAAGAGAUGGAGGAAUCAAGGAUAAGGAUGAGGAUGAUCUUUUUACAGAGGACAUCAAUGAAAUUUUGAGAAAGCCAAUCGACAAGAGCCAAUUGACGCGUGAACAACGAUACAAGAUUGGUGGUUUAGAAUAUCGUGCCAUCGACUUUUUAUCCAAGAUGAUCCCCAUUUGGUACCUUUCAGUCAAUCUCAUCGGGUCGCUAGCAUUACGCAUCUACAUUGCAAGUUCAAAUUAUGCUCAGCAAGUGAUGGAGACAUCCAAUCCAACGCCUAUGGAUCCAUGGCUGUUUUCGUUUUUCGUUUGCAUCUCGUCUUUCGAUAAUUUGGGUUUAUCGGUGCUGGAUGCAAGUAUGGUGCCAUUUCUCAAUGCACCUGCUCCUCUUUUAAUAAGUGCUUUUAUGAUCCUUCUUGGGAAUACUGGUUACCCUAUUAGCCUACGUGCCGCUGUUUGGUGUAUGCACAAGCUCACUCCCAAUGAGCACACCCGAAAGACUUUGCGGUAUCUCCUUGAUCACCCACGUCGUUGUUAUACUAACAUGUUCCCUUCGACUCAAACAUGGUGGCUCGUAAUUGUGGUGGUGGUAUUCAACGUGGUGAUGACUGGGGUAUUCCUUGCAACCAACUUUUGGCUCCCUGUUCUUGAAGGUGUCUCAUGGCCAUCACGCGUUUUGGAUGGCUUCUUUCAAGGAGUAUCAACGCGCAAUGCUGGCUUUGUGGUUGUCAACCUUCUUGAAGUAAAUCCAGGCACACAAAUCUGCUAUAUCAUUUUCAUGUAUAUAAGCGUAUACCCAUUGGCGAUUUCUAUACGUAACAGCAAUGUCUAUCAGGAACGAGAGCUCGGCAUUUACAGCCAUACUCGCCAAGAUGAUGAAGAACAAGGUUUAGGUCCUUUCAAGCUACGCCGCAAACCAACAAUCUCCAGUGUCAUGACAACUUCUCGCAAGCUGAUAACUAAACGUCCUAGUUUCUAUGUUAUGCAACAAUUGCAGCGACAGCUUGCUCAAGAGAUCAUAUGGCUGGUUAUGGGCGUGUUCUUCAUUUGUGUGAUCGAAGCCGAAAGUAUCAUGUCACCUACUCCCAUUACAGCAUUGACAGUCCUUUAUGAGUGUGCUUCAGCUUUUGGAACAGCUGGAUCAUCCACGGGUUUCCCAGGUGUUAGCACAUCCCAAAGUGCACAAUACCACACGCUCAGCAAGCUUAUCCUUAUUGCACUUAUGGUUCGUGGUCGUCAUCGUGGCUUACCAUCUGCUAUCGAUCGUGCCGUUCAACUACCUUCCGAAGAGCUUGAUGAGAUGGAUAAUAAGGAACAACAAUUGAAACAGCAAUACCACGUUGACAUAACAUCCAGCCGUGAAUUGAGUACAUCCGAUCUAUCAAUGUCAACUUCUCGUUGGCAUAUACGAACUAGUAAUAGUCAUCGUUCAAUACUGUAA